AUGGUUAAUGUAACAUUCUGCUCAAGGCUCAACAUCAUUGCUCGGUAUUAUAUCUACCUCUUAGGUGAAAAGUACUACACACUAGUCACAAUCCCUGCUGGAGCAAGAAGCAUUAAUGUGUAUGAGAUGAAUGUAUCCAACUCCUAUAUUGCUGUUCGUACUUCCAGUAAAAAGUACCACCUCAAUGGUUAUUGGACUGUUGACUGGCCUGGGAAAUACAAAUUUGCUGGGACACUGUUUGUCUAUCAAAGACCAUAUAACCACCCAGAGACAUUAAGUGCUUCUGGACCUACAAAUGAGAGUAUUAUAAUAGAGGUAAGUGAUAUUGUCAUGGAAUGUUGCUCACUGUAUCAAAGUCAAAUGGUGACAAAAGAAACUUGCUACAAAGAUUUUCAAGUACAAGUCGAUGCUUCUUUAUGUGACCCCAAGAGCCGACCAGCUACUGGAACUAUCCCUUGCAAAAUGCCAGCUUGUUUUCCCAGCUGGUCUGUUGGGAACUGGAGUGGGUGCAGCUUGACUUGUGGAGGAGGAGAGAGGUUUCGGGAUGUUCACUGCAUGCAGAGAAUUCAAUACGAACCAGAAAGGGUAUCAGACUCCCUUUGUCAAAUCCCUGCCCCAGUCACCAGGGAGCUAUGUAACACUCAAAGAUGUCCACCAACGUGGAGCACCGGGCCAUGGUCUGAGUGCUCUCGAACUUGUGGUAAAGGCUGGAGGAAAAGAACCAUUCUGUGCAAAAGCUUCUCUUCCUCUCGCUGGAAUCAAAUUCUACCCGACGUUGCUUGUGCCGCAGAACUGAAACCAAAGAUGCAAGAAACUUGCCUCCUGAAACGAUGCUAUAAAAAUAAGAAACUUCAGUGGUUUGUGUCCACAUGGACAGAGGUGAGAAAACUUUUUUAGAAAAAAAAAUACAAAUAUACAAUCUCUUCCAUUCAUGAGAACAUAACUAUGGAGUCC